CGAUGCUAUUUGGAAUAUUUGAUGUUUCUUCCCUUCCCAUGUUACAUCCUCCGUUCUCCAAUCCAGACACGCUAUCAUCCUGAUGCUUCAAAAAGGGCAUCCCCGGAUAUUGCCCCCCCCCCAGCCCUUGUACCCCCAGGGGAAACCAACAGGCGCCCACCUGCCCGGACAGCCCCUGCCUCCCCACCCACUCCCCUGGGCAGUCCAUUAGGCAGGAGCUGGGACUCCGCUGCAGCUGCAUCCGGGUCUGGACCCUCUGGUUGCCUUUUGUGCUCCUGGGACCCCCUGAGAGGGUGCAGUGAAGGGGGGGCCGCCUGGACUCUCUGAAAGUGAUGGGAAGUGCUUUGUACACAAGGAACCAAACUCUAUAAUUUAGAGGAGAAUUUCCGGGGCAAUUCCAUUGUGAGGUCGGGUUUAUGGUGUGCAAUCGAGCUGAGCAGUAAAAGGCAUACUGACCUGCCGGCUGGGCUUCCAGCGAGGCCUGAGCAGUUUAUGAGGCGUUUAGGGGAAGGGUUUGCCCCACCACACUCCACCGAGCGGUGGGCAGCAGGGACUUCGGCUGGUCCAACCCUGAGCAAGGGUUGGAGGCUUGGAAAGGCACUCAAGCCCUUGAGGAGCUGGCAGAGGCCCAUGGGUGGCCCCCGUGACGUCUUCCAGAACAGUCCCAGCGCUAGGAGUACCUGGAAAGGCUGCCGCUGGCCCCGCGGAGCGAGACCACCUGUGAGGGCUGCUGAGAUUGGCGGAGGCGGUCAUGUGGGAGGUCACGUGCUGCGGCGAGCUCGGUCCAAAAGAAAAUGGGGUUUGGUGUAAAUCUGGGGGUGUAAUGUUAUCAUAUAUCACGCUACCUCGUAAAACCGACACUGAAAGCUGCCGGACAACAAAUCACAGGUCAAAAUUAUGAGUUCUUCGUAUUAUGUGAACGCGCUUUUUAGCAAAUAUACGGCGGGGGCUUCUCUGUUCCAAAAUGCCGAGCCGACUUCUUGCUCCUUUGCUCCCAACUCGCAGAGAAGCGGCUACGGGGCCGGCGCCGGCGCCUUCGCUUCGACCGUACCGGGCUUGUACAAUGUCAACAGCCCCCUCUAUCAGAGCCCCUUCGCGUCCGGCUACGGCCUGGGCGCCGACGCCUACGGCAACCUGCCCUGCGCCUCCUACGACCAAAACAUCCCCGGGCUCUGCAGUGACCUCGCCAAAGGCGCUUGCGACAAGGCGGACGAAGGCGCGCUGCACGGCCCGGCCGAGGCCAAUUUCCGCAUCUACCCCUGGAUGCGGUCUUCAGGGCCCGACAGGAAGCGGGGCCGCCAGACCUACACGCGCUACCAGACGCUGGAGCUGGAGAAGGAGUUCCACUUCAACCGCUACCUGACGCGGCGCCGCCGCAUCGAGAUCGCCCAUGCGCUCUGCCUCACCGAGCGCCAGAUCAAGAUCUGGUUCCAGAACCGCCGCAUGAAGUGGAAGAAAGAGCAUAAAGAUGAGGGUCCGGCCGCCGCAGCCCCGGAGGGCGCAGUGCCCGCCGCCGCCGCCGCCGCCGCCACCGCCGCCGCCACGGACAAGGCCGACGAUGAGGACGAAGACGACGAAGAGGAAGACGACGAGGAAGAGGAAUGAGGGGCCGAGUAGGGGCCCUGGCUGCACCAGACAGUCGGGAAAGCGUCUUUAGAGACUCACUGAAUUUAUUUACAAAAGUGGAAAAAAUAAAAAGAAAACGUGAAAAACAAAAACAAAAACAAAAACAACAAUCCCCAACCUGCACCCAUCUACCCCAUUACCUAUCCCAGCUCCCACCUUUUCUGGACUAAGCAGCCGCCUAGACUGGGUCCCCUUGGGGAUCCCUCUGCCCCAAGGACUCCCAGCAGACACUCUCCCUACCCUGCCGCCCAGUUCUGCACUGGCACGGCUAAAAUACUACCUAGCACAGGCCUCGGCCAGAGGCAACCCCAAACUACCUAUGGGCCCAGUCCCCAGUAGGCCUCCACUCCCAGGAAGCCCAGACGCGUCCCAACACUGGCAGACACCCAGCACCUCCCCCAUACCGACAAGGACCCGAUUUUCUCAGUACUACCUACUCGCCCCAAACUACCUAUUUUGUGCUCACUGGCUCGCCUGCUACCUAGUGCCGGCCCCUUCCCCGGCCAGGCCCCUCUUGCUUCUGCCCAGCAGCCUUUGGGGUCCCUGAGGCUGCACUGAGAAGACGCUGGGGUCCGGGGACCAGGGUAUUGGCUUCUAUUUAAAUUGAAAAAUAAUAUAUUUAUUCCAAAGCAUUCUAAGUGCUGCAACCUAGAAUCCCUCCAUCUCUGGUCUGGGCACCCCAAGUUCAGGCCCUUUACUCCCACUUCUGGAGGGGAGCACUCCCAAGCUAGCUGCAGACCUCUGGGUUAGCUUUGCUUAGUAGGACUGCAGAGAUGCUCCCAGCCUCCUGCACCUCCCCUGGCCCCAUGUCCUACUGUCCAGCCAUGUUGAAUAUGUACACCCUGACUUUUCCUACAAUAGCAAAUAUUGUAUAUUUGAACAAGAUUUUUUUUUUGUCAUUUA